AUGAAUGAAUAUCGUGAAUGUAGUGUUUGUGGCGCCAAUAACAGGGAUAACCCGGAUAUACGACUUGGUGAGAACUAUGUACGCAAAGGGAGUGGUACUUACACGUGCGAGAAAGACAGACAAUUUUUUAUUAAAAACAUUAAUCUAAAAAGCAAGAAAAAGUGUCAGGGUCAGGACAUAGGACCAAACGAUGAGGAGAAUCAUAAUAUAAAAGAUUGUGGGCCAUGUCGACUUCACAAGUGUAUUAGGAUCGGGAUGAGACAGAAACACAAACCACAAGAUAUGCCACAAAACAGCUCCACUCAUACGAAACGUCAGAGAAAUAACACGACCGACACGUCGGCCUUUGAUUUAAUGAAAUGGCCAUCUAAUAGCCUUGGAAAUGGCCAGGGUCACUCAGCAACUAUUAAUGGUUUUAACAGACACCCGACACAAUCAUUCCCGCCGUCCCUCAAUGCAGACACGCAUAAUAAUUUCGAGGAAACUCAGUUGUCAAAGUGUAAUGACCAGGUUUAUGAUAACCAAUAUAAAUCCAAUUUAAUUGCAAACAAUGGUUAUAAUUUUGGCGCGAAUUCUACGGGUAAUCGCAACAACAGUAUGAACACAUCGUUCAAUCAACCAAACCUAACACAUACAUCGGAAGCACAGACUGGAUGGCCAUAUACUGAACCCCUAACGCUAAGUUACGGGACAUCCAUUUCAGUCAAUUCGUUUGAAAGUACUUCCAGUCCUUUGGUUACCGAUACUAUUAAUACGGAUAAUAACGUAAUAUACCCUGUUUUCCAAGACUUAGUGGAUCUCGAGUCGCCAACUAAUGAAGGAACAGUAGGCCAGGAACUGGAAUAUACGUAUAUAAACGGAGCCCUUCCUCAACAACAACCCCAACAAUCAGCCAAUACUUCAACGGCAGUCGAGUCCUAUGAGACAGGACUCGCAUCCCAACCCAAUGUCUACAAUAAUAUAAUAGUGAAUCAGUCGAACGACUUGCACAAUAAUAUUGUCUACGAUAUGAUUCACACGUUAAUUAAUAAAAUUAACCUUGGUUUUGAGAAUAAAGCGAAAUUAAUGACCAAGGAAAUAGUGGAUGAGUUAAUGCAAAAGGGUCCAGGCCGGUUCAAGCAGUUGUUGGAUACGGCUGGACUGCACCGGGAGGCCGAGGCUGUUGUCAAGAUGUUCAUAAUGAAGGAGCCCUGGGAGUGCACCACUGAUGUCGAGUUAAAUAUGAUAAAAGCACCUAAACUGCGAUCAGGAGACUCACGAUAUUUCCAAAUGAAUUCCCAUCCGAGGGGUCGGGCCAUCAUAUUUGCGGCCACAGAUGGCCUGGACGUCGAGAUAUUGAGAUGGAGAUCCAUUUUCGCACAGUUAGACUUCAAGUGUGAGGUAUAUGCGGACUCCACAUGCUCUGAGAUCAAGGAUAAGCUGUUGGGGGUGUCGUGUCAGCGAUUCGUCGCCGACGCCCUCUUUGUGAUGGUUAUCGGCGGCGGAUAUGACGAGAAGGUCUGCGGUUUCGGCGAUCGUCGCGACAAUGAGAUGUCGUUCACAGAAAUUGUGGACAUAUUCUCCGCUAAUAAUGUUAAGAGUGAUGUGUCUCUUAGGAUGAAACCGAAAAUAUUUGUUUUCAACACUUUCUCUAUUGUUAAGAAUACAUGGCGUUACCCCAAUGAAAGUAUAACACUAUUUGGACAGGCAUUCAGUUAUUCAAUCGCACAGUAUGCGUGCAAUUAUCACCUUACUAAUUUAGUUGGAAAGACGGUGAAACGACUGACGGAUGAGCAUGGUGAAAAUCAUCCACAAAUAAUCCUGAACUCGGUAGACAUGACACGAGAUAUAUAUUUCAAUCCUGAUAAUAACGUGAAACAAUAA